UGUGCCUGGACGUACCUCGGUGCCUGGAAAGAGAGAGAGAAAGGGAAAAGAAAGAAAAGGAAAUUCACCCCAACCCCAAACCCCCCUUCUUCAAAAAAAUCCAAUCAAUUGGUUGAGUGAAGUUGCACACCAUAAGUCGUUUGUUUUUGAGGUCAGUCGCGCGGGUGUGACUCACCAUAGCUGGGUUGAUGAGUGUCUGGUCAGUGCGAGAUGAGUAAGGUGGGGAACCAGACCAAUUCUCAGGAUCCGCAAGCCGUCAACUCCAGGACCUUCGUGGGCAACCUCAACACCUUCCAGUGCACCAAGACGGAUGUAGAGCGCAUGUUCCAGCGCUACGGUCGUAUCGCAGGAAUCAGCAUGCAUAAGGGAUACGCAUUCGUCCAGUUCACCAACCCCUUCGACGCCCGCUCUGCCUGCAUGGGCGAAGAUGGGCGGAGCGUGUUCGGUCAGAUCCUGGAUGUCAACUUGGUGGCUGAACCAAAACCUCACCAGAUUGGGAGGAAGCGAUCCAAUGUUGCCAAGGCCGGGGGUGACUGGGAGCAGUUCUACGACAGUUACAACGCCGGCACUGCCCUGGGUGCAGGUGGAGCGCGCCUGACGCCGCCCCUGAAGCGACCCCGGCUCAUGGUCCCCAGCAUGCGCCAGCAGCCCCGCGCUCAGUCCCCGAAGAAGGUCGUAUCCCCCGGCCUGGAGGAUCUCAAGACGUACAGUAAGUACACCUCCAGUGUGUGCUGCCAACAAUCGCCACGACUCUCGACCUAUAGGGGCAGCCCUGAUAUCCUGAUCUGUGGUAACUGCCGGGAACUCUUCUCCAAUCUAAGUGAUUUCAUCGACCACCGACGCAGUUAUUGCAAACUCAGGUUCACGUGCAAGUGUUCGUCACACAACGGCUCCCUCCGGAGCGAGGAGAGCGCGUCCCUCAUGUGCGCCCUCUGCAAGGAAAGCUUCGCCUCCGCCUGGGACCUCAUGGUACACGCCCAGGCCGCCCACAUGGUCAACAUCUACCAGCUAGGAUCCAAGGACGCCGGACAGGACAGCGCCGCGUGCAGCACCGCGGGCGAGAGCACAGCGGGAAGCACAGCCGGCAGCGACGUGGGCGUGGAUAUGGGCGGCGUUGACAUGAGCGGCGAAGCGGGCGGCGAGGCAAGUGACUCCAACCAGACAGAGGAAGAACCACGCACGGAGCUCCCCAAGGAGAUGGGAGUAAAGCAACUUUAA